AUGGGGUGGAUUGAGUCAAUGUUUGAGCAAAUGAUGAAGAAGAACGCUGACUUCGAUGCCCAAUUUCCAUCCCAUAAUAAUUCUAUUCGCAAUCUAAAGGUCCAACUUGGUCAGAUUUCACAAGCUUUGAACACUCACCCUAAGAGGGCGCUACCUAGUGACACGGUAGUAAACCUGAAGGGUGGGAACAAUACCGUCCAUGCAAUGGCGGUGAUCACAAGGAGCGGUAGAGGUGGUGAAGCAAGUACCUCCAAGCAAAAAGAAGUUGUGAGUGAUGAUGUUGAAGUGCAAAGUGAAGAUGAUCCUAUAGUUGUUGAGCAAGUGAGUGAAGAGAAGUUGGAUUGUGAGAAUAAUGAAAACCAGUUCAAGAGGUUUAUUGAGAUGAUGAAAAGUUUGUCGAUCAAUGUGUCCUUGGUGGAAGCUCUUGAGCAAAUGCCAGGAUAUGCCAAGUUUAUAAAAGACUUGCUUGAAGAUCUCGUUGCAUUUACUAUUCCAAGUACCAUUGGGAGUGCAGAUUCUGUUAAGGCCUUGUGUGAUUUGGGAGCGAGUAUAAAUUUGAUGUCGUACUCUGUCUCCAAAACUUUAAGUAUUGGUCAACUAAGAGCUACUUCAAUGAGAUUGGAAAUGGCCGAUAGAACAAUGAAGAUGUCGCUUGGUAUUAUUAAUGAUGUUCUUGUCCGUGUUGACAAGUAUAUUUUACCUGCGGAUUUUGUGAUUCUCGACUACGAAGUCGACUAUGAGGUGUUGAUAAUAUUCGGAAGGUCUUUCUUCGCAAUGGGGAAGGUAUUGGUUGAUAUGGAAGCAGGGGAGCUCACCUUCAGUGUGAUGGAGGUGAUAGGUGAUGACACGAGUGCCAUGAUCAAUGUGGAGGAUCCUUUGGAAGCUGUAUUAUUGAACCAUGAUGUGACCGAUGAUGAAAUCCUUUAG